AUGGCGACUAAGGCAGCUUUCAAGCGGCUCACGCGCGAGUAUCAAAACAUUCAAAAGAACCCCCCACCGUUCAUUGUGGCGCAUCCUUCUGAAACGAACAUUCUCGAUGACUUCCACCCCAAGUCUUUCAACCCCGCAUGGGAGGUUUCGACAAUCCUGAUCGGACUUCUUUCAUUCAUGACAAGUGAAGAGAUGACCACGGGCAGCGUCAGCGCAUCAGAGGGUGAGCGCAGAGUACUAGCCGCCCGAUCGCGAUGGUGGAACUCGACUGGCGGAGGCUCUCAUGCUAGCGCCACACCGGGAGUGACCAAAACUUCCAAGGGCAUCAAUAAUGUGAAGGCAGGAGACGGCGGGUUAAAGUUCCGCACGGAAUGGCCGGAGCUGGAUCAGGAGAAUUGGAUCUGGAUGAAAGAGCACCGCAUCGACACUACCACGGGCCAAAUCCUGCCGGAUCCCAAUGUACCUACAAGAUGCUCACCAGAGACCAGUGCUUUACGUCGGCGCCCGAACGGCAGUGCACCGGGAAUCGGAGCGGUGAUGGAGGGAGGCCAUGUGGCUCGGGAAGCCGGACAGGGAUGGGCACGUCGAAACCGAUUAUGGAUCGGAUUGGCGGUGCUCUUCGGAUACGCGCUACUGUCUCGGCUAUUGAGUGAUGUGCAGGGAUAG